AUGAGGACCAUCUGUAAAUCAAUCAGAAUCAAGAGGAGUGAUGUUCUGAUCGCGAAACCGGAUCAAGGCAGAGUGAUGGAGUGCGUCGCGGCUCACUCUGUGUUCUCACACUUCCUGGAAUCCGGUGAUUUCACCAGAUUCGCCGACUGGAGGUUUAUUCAUAGGGCUCGCCUCAACCUUGUGCCCUUGAAUGAAUCCUCGUCAUGGAGAGCCGGUGAUCGCAGACGUCGUCGAUGUGGGUACAUUACAAAAAUCUUAGCCCACGUCGUCGAUCACUGCAUGCUAUACACCGAACAAUACAUGGCGUGGUACAACUCUGUCGUCCCGCGAAUCAAGAAGGCUGCUGGGCUUAAAUACCAGAAUGCCAUUGGGACGGAGGGACUGCGUCCAGACUUGGUGCUGAAGAAGGAAACUAGUGUGCAGAUUAUUGAUGUCACUAUCCCAUUCGACAACCACAUGGCUGCACUGAAGGGGGUAGCCAAAAUAAGCCAAUUAUAG